AGAAAACUACAUUUCCCAGAUGACUUUGCUGCAGCCUGAAGACGGAAGUGGUGUGAAUUUCGUGGUGGAAAAAAGUUCUCAUCGUUGUUUUCAUGCCAGUGUAGAAAACAAAGUCACUACAGUCGUUUCUCCUCUUGUAUGAGAUUGUGUUGAAGCUCUUUGAAGACACCAAAGGGACCAGUACUUCGUAAGGAUGGGGAGUGAACCACAUCCAGUUCAGAUCGUCACAGUGUGUAAGGAGGAGCACUCCUUUGCUUUGGACACAGAGGCUUUGGCUCGGGUUCUGUUGGCCCCUGAGGUCCGAGACAAAAAUGUGGUGGUGCUGUCGGUGGCUGGAGCCUUCAGAAAGGGAAAGAGCUUCCUGCUUGACUUCAUGCUCCGCUACAUGUACAGAAAGGGGGAUGAAAACUGGCUGGGUGAUGAUGAUGAGAAGCUGACUGGAUUUUCUUGGAGAGGGGGUUCUGAACCAGAGACAACAGGCAUCCAGCUGUGGAGUGAAGUUUUCCCCAUCCAAAAGAGUGAUGGAACAGAGGUGGCAGUAGUGUUGAUGGACACUCAGGGAGCCUUUGAUAACGAGUCCACCGUGAAAGACUGUGCCACCAUCUUUGCCCUCAGCACCAUGACCAGCUCAGUGCAGAUCUACAAUCUGUCACAGAACAUACAAGAGGACGACCUGCAGCAGCUACAGCUGUUCACGGAGUAUGGUCGUCUUGCCAUGGAUGAGAUCUUUCUGAAGCCCUUUCAGUCUUUGAUGUUCCUAAUCAGGGACUGGAGCUUUCCCUAUGAAUAUACCUACGGGUUUAAAGGAGGCAAUGAAUUCCUGGAUAAACGGUUACAGGUUAGUGAGACCCAACAUGAGGAGCUGCAAACAGUGAGGGAUCACAUCCACUCAUGCUUCACCAACAUCUCCUGCUUCUUGUUACCUCACCCUGGGUUGAAAGUGGCCACCAGCCCUGUUUUUGAGGGUCAACUUAGUGCCGUUACCCCCGAGUUCAAAGAGCAGCUGAAGAGCCUGAUCCCCAAACUGCUGAAUCCCGAACAUCUGGCUGAGAAAGAAAUAAAUGGAAACAAAGUCACUUGCAUGGGCCUGCUUGAGUUCUUCAAGGCUUACAUCAAGAUUUACCAGGGAGAGGACUUGCCACAGCCAAAGACUAUGCUCAUGGCUACAGCAGAGGCCAAUAACCUGGCAGCCGUGGCAGCAGCCAAAAAUCUGUAUAACAAGAACAUGGAGAGGGUGUGCGGGGGAGACUUGCCCUACGUGAAUCCCGACUCUCUGGUGGAAAAGAAUACAUUUUUCUGCCGAGAGGCUCUUCACAGCUUCUCCUCGACCAAGAAGAUGGGCGGACAAGAGUUUUGUGACCGUUACCAGGAACAGCUGGAAAGGGAGCUGGAGGAAACGUGGCAGUCACUCGCCAAGCACAAUGAGUCAAAAAACCUCUUCAGCGCCUUCCGGACACCUGCAGUGCUGUUUGUGCUGGUGUGCCUCCUCUACGUGCUGUCAGGCGUGUUGCUCUUUGUUGGCCUGUCUACCUUCGCCUUGGUGUGUGACUGUACUCUGGGCGUGGUCAUGAUGUCCAUGCUGACGUGGGCCUUCAUCCGCUACUCCGGUCGGUACCGGAAUGUAGGGGGAGCCAUCGACCAGGCCGCAGGCGUCGUCCUAGAGCAGGCCACCGUGGUAAUGAACAAGUCGAGAGGCACCCUUGACACAAAGAAAUCCAGUUAAAGGACCUCUGGACUAUCGUAAUCUCGAUGCAAUGCUACCAGCGCACAACACAAGCACACAUUCAGCACUAAAGCCUUAUCACGCCACCCAUUGGAACAAACAUGCAGCUCAACCACAUUGGCACAGGGUACAAACAUGAUGCCAAUUCACCAGCAUCUUUAUUAUGCACGUUACUCUGCCUGGUAAAUUCCAGGCUUAUAUAAAGGUGACUGGAGUUAAACCAUCCCGAUUCCUCUUAUAGAUACUUCAUGUCUUAAAUUGACACUGCCAUCAUUUUACGAGUUUACAAUUGGUCUUAAUAGACAAGUCGAUGUUUACCUUUAAACUUAUAAAACACUUACUUGGGUGUAUAUUGUUCAAACGGGGGAAGUCAGGGUGAUUUUCAAACAAAGCUUCUGCAGUAUAUCUUAUUACCUUUAAAAAAAAGCUGGCUUUAAAGCUUAUGCAUUUAUACAUAUUUCUUUGUGGCUAUAUUUUUUUACUUUGUGGCCUUAUACACAUUCCAUUCUGUUUGUAGAUUUGCUUUAUAUUUGAUAUAAACUAGCAUUUCUAGAAGGGUGAUCUGUCACUACUUUGAAAGGAGAAGAGCAUACGCACUUUCUAUAUAGCAUAGUACAUUUUGGCAUAUAAUGGGAGUUCAGUUGAAUCUCAUUUGUUUCUCUGCCGUUUAUUCCUUGAUGGAAAUGUGUUACACUUUGUAGAUUUUGAUACUAUACACUAGACUCUUCUAGCGAAAUUAUAUAUAGGAACUUGUAUUCUGCAUCAUUGUCCAACUCCAAAGAGAAGACGUUAUUGGAAUACUCAGCAACAUAAUAAAACUAUAGCGACCAGUCAGCCAAAGAGUAAGCUUUAAAUAUUUAAAUUAUACGCAAGCCUUGUACUCAGUGAGAAAAACACUUUGCCACUCAAACAUUGCAAGUAUAAAACAUACAUGUAAGGGAUAAUGUACAGCGAGCAAAUAACAAGCAGCAUGUUUGAAUAGAAAACCCAAGUAACAAGCACUAGAAAUCUAUAGAAAAGAGGACUGAGUGGCUUUGUGUACACGUCUCAGACUGCAGCACUUGGACAGAUUGUGAUCAUAAUUGGUAGUGUUCAAAAAUUACAUGUAGUCAUGUUUGCACCUUAGAAAUGAAUCCCUGAUGUAAUAUUUUAGCGAACAUUUGUAGCCUGUGCAAACAGCUCCACUGUGAGAAAACACUGUGAUCCAUCACUGUGAUGCAUCAUUCACAUUGGUGAUCUGGCUGCAGCUAAAACUAUUACUGUUUCACAGUGACUCAUUCUCCAUAACGGUUUUAAUGUGAUCAUUAGUAAACUCUAUUAGAAAACUUUGUCAAUGUAAAACUUCUCUUUCAAUUUGACAAAUGGUUUUCUUUUUGGUAAAAUAAUCACUAUACACGGCCAUCAAUCCAGCUUGAAAUCAUUGCGUGCUUGGGUCAGAGCUUUGCUUCAAAUAUAAUUGCAUGUAAUGGUUACAUAACGUAUAAUGAAACCAUAUUACAGAAAAGGAAAAAUAAUCAAUUUGGACUUGUUUCUUAGGUCCUCGUUUACCUGCAGCCAUUUAACCAAUCUGCCGUAUUUUUCCAAAAUCAGUCUUACAGGGAAUUAAAUAGGUUGACUGCACAGUGGAUUUAUUAGGUUUUAGUUUCCCUUCGUGGGGCCAAGCUCAGGCCAACUCAGAAUGAAUCAGGCAUUGGAUUAAAGGACUCUGAUUAUUUCCAACUAUGCCCUACAUCUCUGAAUAUGUAUGGUGGAUUCUUUCAGAAACAUUGGACUGGAGAAGUGGAAUGGCAAGCAUUUGGUAUAAAAAACGAGGCCUUUUAAAUGCCACAAGAUUGUGUGACCUGAGAAUGAUACUGUAUGUAGUCUGUAAUGAUUUUUGCAUUGUGCACUUCAACAACUAAUCUUAUAUUUCCUAUACCUAAUACAGAGUGGACACACAAAAAGCUGAUAAACAUGCUUUAAUCUCAUAGUGAUUCCAUACUCUAAGUUGUAAGAAUGUAAGGCCAAAAAAGAAAUAUGGAGAAUGAGAGACUCUCAAUCCUUGAUUUUUAACAUCAUUUUGCACAUUCCAUGUUUGUCCCUUUCCACAAGAGGAAGAAACAAGCACUUUCUAUUGCACUCCCCCUCCUCUUUGGUGCUUUUUGCACACAGCUCAUUCCAAAAGUACAGUAAAUGCAUGCAAUAUUGUAGUUACAGGCUAAUGUAAUCAUCUAUUGCAGGGGUAAGGUGGCCUUGAGUCGAGAAAAUGCUGAUUUCUAAAGAAUAAACAAAGCUUGAAACAAUUAA